AUGGGUAUAGCCGUGGGAAAGCCCCUGACACCCCAUGACAGCUUUUUGCCCAUGAAAUACGUCAUCCAUGCCGAGCAUGAGCAGCGGGUACGAGUGGAUGUAUAUACGUUUGGUCUCAAGGGACAAGAGUCGUAUAGGCACUUUCAAUCAGAUCCCGCGAGUCGCCAUUCCCAUUAUCGGGUUCAACACCUAGAUACUCCCAAUCCUGUGGAAGCUCCUCUUCAUCAGGACAACGAGCGCGAACUGCAGCCUAGACGAUGCAAACGAAUCAAUGCCCCCGAUGCGGUAGAUCACCAUCUCCAUCUGCGGCUCCAAUCCGGGGACCUGCUGAAUCUUGGCCAGCAUCUCGUGGCUCUGCAUCUGUUUCAGGAAAAUGUUGCAGAAAUCGAAGACGACGAGCUUCUGGAUGCGAAUUUGCACUUUUUGCAUCAGACUCGAUUUCUUCUUGGAAUCUGUCUCGAUAUCCUCUGGCGUCCAUGGUUGCGCUUCAGAAGAAAGGGAAAAAAUUAUACAUUGGUUUGGAAAGGAAGUUUCAAGAACCACAGAGAAUUUGUCACGGGGAAGAGGAAAAAAAAGUAA